AUGUUUAAACGCCCAGCUCCUGGCUCAGAUGAAACAGUUCCCGGAUCUUCUUCCAUCUCAUUCUUAUCCGGGACUAGCUCGAUUGUCAAUGUUAUUCAGUCCUCUUCUCCAUCUUCCUCUAAAAGCAUCUACCCUCCGCCCGCCAAAAAGCCUAUUUUAAUUUCUUCUGCAGUGGCCGGUGGCCUAAUUGCCAGUGAAUCUGUUUCUUUUAGCCGUGUUCGUUCUCUUGAUGAGCUAGACAAGCGAACUUUGCAGUUGCAGAAUAAACGAUUAGCUGAGGCGCUUCGUGAAAAGACUACUGCAAUUGCCGACCUUCGUGAACGUAUUGAGCAGCUGGAGACCCGUCAGGCAAAAGAUGACGCGCUUUUAUGUGCUGUCAAUCGAUAUUGGAAUCAGCUGGAUGAGGACUCUCUUUUGAUUUUGCACAGGUUUUCGGCUUCUGCAUCCUCUGGAGCUAAUUCUGCAGCAGAUGCUGUUGAAGAUUCUGGGGAAAUAUUUGAUGCUCGUGGGGAUAGAAAUGUUCUUAGACCAAGGUCUGAGUCAGCUGCUGCAGCAGCAGCGGCAGACGAGGAGGAGAAAGUUGAUGUUACUCCCUCAGCUCAAACGGACUCUUUUCUGCGCCAGUUAGCUAGUUGGGAUGGCGAAGAUAUUUCGGUUAAUCUGCAACAGCGUGUUCACUUUUCAAAACGAAUAAUCGCCAGACUUUUGAUGGCGCUAGAUAAAAUGCACCUACGAUUAGAUCGCCUCCGCAGAUUACUUGUGCAAUCUCGUUCUGAGGCUGCUGUUAAUGCUUCUGCUAUCUCUACUGAUGUCAACAAUAUAGCCGAACAUACUAGCAUUGAGUCUCGACAUCAACUUAUUUCUCCAGCCAAUUCUGCAACUAGGUCUUGUGGCAGCCUAGGCGUUAAUGAGGCUGCGAGUAUCGCUCCUGGUAGCCUUGGCCUCAAUGAAAAUAUUCCUUCAACCCUUCGAUCACGCCACUUGACCGGAUUGUCUUUCUCGAGUGGGAUUACUGAUGAAUCUGGAUCUCGAUUUACUGGUCUGUUAAAUUCUAUUGAUUCUUCGACAAGCCUGAUUCCGAUGGUCGCCCGCGAGGAGUUAUUGGAAUUGGCCGACGAGAACACUCGUCUCCACAACCUUCUUACUAGCAUGCACGCUAAGCAUCGACAAUCAAGCCUCAAGGUUCGAUUUACUAAAUUAUAG